UCCGACGUUGUCCUGGAUUGGUGAUCUUCCAAACUGGUUAAGGGAGGCUGCCAACAGGGAUUGUAAUGUUGUGAUGCAGUAAAGCUCUCUGAUUUGCCCUAAAAAAACUUUUUUUCCCAAAUCGACGCGCGAUCGCCUUCGUCGCCAAGUUUUCAAGAUGCGAAAAAACAAGGAAGGUUCCUGGCUUCAUCGGCCACUCGGUUGCUCGCUUGAUCAAGCUGUUCUGUAACUGCUCCGCGUACUUCCUGUGCUCACCGCUGCAGCGGCGUCGCCGAUGGCGUGCCCGAAGCCCACGGGGCUCCUCCUCGUCCUCGUGAUGGCCGCCGCAGGAUCAGGGGUCGCCCUGAAGCUGGAGCCCACCGGCACGAGCACACACUUCCUGCCUCUGCUCGACUGCGACCCGGCCGCGGCCGCGGCGGCGCCCUCCAGGAACGACAGCGCGUUCCGCGCCAACGUGCUGUCGCUCCUCGGCACGCUCCCCUCCGAGGCCGAGCCCACGGGCUCCGCCUCCACGCGGUCCGGCGGCGCCGGACGCGACCGCGCCUUCGCGCGCGGGGUCUGCUUCGGCUUCGGCGCGCCGGACGGCCCCUCCUCGCACGACGACUGCCGCUCGUGCCUGUCCGCCGCCGCCGAGGACGUGGCCGCAGGGUGCGGCGCCGCCAGCCGUCGCGCGGGCGCCUGGCGCGUCAGCUGCUUCCUGUCGUACGCGGACACCAACCGGCCCACGGCCCGCGAGGACGCGUUCCGCGGCUGGUUCUACGACGACAACGGCGACGCGCCGACCGCGGCGCUGGGGACCCAGUGCACGGCCAACCGCACCGCGGCGGAGUGCGCACGGUGCCUGAACGAGCCGGCGCAGGUGGUGCCGGCGCUGAAGAAGGGGGGGCGGCUCUCGAUGGUCCGCGGCGACGCAGUGGUGGUCGUCGGCUACGCCUGCUACCUGCGCGUCCCGCUGUCCCGUCCGACGCCGCGGUGGCAGCGAAACCUUUUCGGAGUCGUCGACGUCUUUGACGUGGUUGGGAUCGUGCUCAUUGAAGUAGGCGGGGUGCUGUUCUGCAUCAAGAUAGCCCGUGAGUUUGAUCCAGGAUGAGGCGGCGGUCCGGCAGUACAGUAGCCCCGGCAGCCCCGGAACCUAACUUCGGCAGCCUCGGCGGCGCGGCGAGUAGCGGCGGCGGGCCGCCGGUGGGCCUUCUACGACCGGUUGGAUCCCACACGCGCGCGUGACUCCUGACAUUAGCGGUGAUGGCGACAUCUGCCUUUCGAGUUUCG